CCGGAGGGAGGGAGGAGCGGGGACGCGUGCCUUUGCAGUGGGCUCUGCCAAGCGGACUUGCGGGGGAAGCGAGCGGCGAGAGGAGCCCGAGGCGAAAAAGUAGCUGUCAAAUGCGCGGCUCCUUUAAGCGGAGCCCUCAGUCCGGCUCGGAGAGUCAUGGCGACCACAGCGUCUAACCACUACAGCCUGCUCACCUCCAGCUCGCCCAUGGUGCACGCCGAGCCGCCGGGGAGCAUGCAGCCGGGCGCCGGCUACAGGGACGCCCAGGCGCUGGUGCAGGCGGACUACGCGCUGCAGAGCAACGGGCACCCGCUUAGCCACGCUCACCAGUGGAUCACGGCGCUGUCCCACGGCGGCGGCGGCGGCGGAGGGGGAGGCGGCGGAGGAGGCGGCGGCGGUGGCGGCGGAGGGGACUCGCCCUGGUCCACCAGCCCGCUGGGCCAGCAGGACAUCAAGCCCUCGGUGGUGCAGGCCAGCGGCCGGGGGGACGAGCUGCAGCAGCAACAUCACCAGCAGCAGCAGCAGCAAGGCAGACCGCCGCACCUGGUGCACCACGCCGGGAGCCACCACGCCGCCGUGGCCGCGGCCGUGGCGUGGAGGACUGGCGGCGCGGCUCACCUGCCGCCCGGCAUGGCUGCGUCCAACGGCGGCGGCCAGGGCGGGCUCCUGUACUCGCAACCGCCGGGCUUCACGGUCAACGGCAUGCUGGGCUCCGGGCAGCCGGGCAUGCACCACCACGGCCUACGGGACGCCCACGAGGAGCCGCAGCAGCAGCAGCAGCCCCCUCACCACCCCGAUCACCUCCCCCAGCAGCAGCCGCAACAGCAGCACCCGCACGGGCAGCAGCAGCAGCAACAGCACCACCACCCGCACCACCACCACGAGGCGCACUCGGACGAGGACACGCCGACCUCGGACGACCUGGAGCAGUUCGCCAAGCAGUUCAAGCAGCGGCGGAUCAAACUGGGAUUUACCCAAGCGGACGUGGGCUUGGCCUUGGGCACGCUCUACGGCAACGUCUUCUCGCAGACGACGAUCUGCAGGUUCGAGGCCCUGCAGCUAAGCUUCAAGAACAUGUGCAAGUUGAAGCCUUUGUUGAACAAGUGGCUCGAGGAGGCGGACUCGUCGUCGGGCAGCCCCACCAGCAUAGACAAGAUCGCGGCGCAGGGGCGCAAGCGGAAAAAGCGCACCUCCAUCGAGGUGAGCGUCAAGGGCGCCCUCGAGAGCCAUUUCCUCAAGUGCCCCAAGCCUUCCGCCCAGGAGAUCACCUCGCUGGCGGACAGCCUCCAGCUCGAGAAAGAGGUGGUCCGCGUGUGGUUUUGUAACAGGAGACAGAAAGAGAAACGCAUGACUCCCCCGGGAGGGACUCUGCCGGGAGCCGAGGACGUGUAUGGGGCCAGCAGGGACACGCCGCCGCCACACCACGGGGAAGAAGACUGGGGAGAUGCUCUUCCCCUCCCUUCAAACCACCCCCUGACAACGUUGCUUCAAAGCUGCCUUUAAUUACGGAACAACUUGCUUGAUAGUCGGAUAGAAGAAUGCGGCCUUCCCUUCACAAGGCAUCCAAAUUCCACAUGCUCCCCUAUCUAUUCAACUAGCCCUAAUGGGCUUUAGCUUUCUCAUAUUAUUAUUAUU